ACUCGGCUGGCGGGAGGGCAUUAGCUGGACGCCCACCUGACCAGCCGGGCCCAGAGGGUUAAUGCUCAGUUGCCGCCUCCUCCUCCUGCUCCUCCUCCUCUUCCUCCUUCUCCUUCUGUAUCACAGCUGUUGCUUGCUUUGCUCCCUCGGCCGCCUUGGGAGGAACUAGAGAGCCUUUCCGCAGUGGUCCAGGUUGGCUCAGCCGAAGGAUGGAGUGGCAAUCCUGGGCUGAGCCACGGUCGGCCUCACCAUGAGGCCUUGGGCUACUUGGUGCCAGAGCUUGGCUUCCUGAGAGGAGGAGAUACCUGUCCAGGUGAGACAACGAGGGACCACAUCCCCAACUCCCAGGGAACCUGUGGCAGCUGCCUUGACCUCGCAACUCUCAUCCUGCAUGUGAGAACAGCUCUCCCCAAACCCGGGCUGCCCGGAUGCAAAAUAUGCCGCCAUUGACAUGUGGAGUUCUCCUCCUUGCCAUCGAUGUGUUCUUCCUUUGCCACACAGUGGUAGCUGACCAGUGCAGCGGGGGUAGCAACAUCUUCACCGAAAUCCCAGAGAACAGUCCACACGGCACUUUGGUCUCCCACUUGUUGGUGUUUGGUGACCCGGAGAGCAACACUGUGCAGCUCACCUUGAGUGGUAUGGAUGCCAGCUGGUUCUACCUGGAUGGGAAGACGGUGCGGUUGAACGCCUCAGAGGAGAAGGUGCUGGACAAAGAGGUGCUGGAAACCCCCGUUUUGAUGGUGUCCUUCACUUGUACGGAAGAUGGUUUCUCACCGGUCGAAUACAGGAUCAUAGUCCAAGUGAUGAAUGAGAAUGACAACAAACCACGCUUUCAUGAAGACAGCAUUAUGACCCAGAACAUCAGUGAGCUGGCGGCUGUUCACUCAGUGGUCUUCAGCACCCAGGCAGAGGAUGCUGAUGGGGAUACCCUCAUGUACGUCAUUGAUAGCACAUCGGCAGAUGCCAGGUACUUCCGGAUCGACCUGCCCAACAGUGGAAAGAUUGUCCUGGCCAGAACAUUGGAUUUUGAGACCAAGAGGCACCUCGAAUUCGUGGUCCAUGCCGUGGAGAUGAACACCAAGGAGAGAUACAACUCUUCAGCCAGGAUCCGAGUCAAUGUCCUGGAUGGAGACGACCAGUACCCCCAGUUCCUGCCGUGCAACGUUCUGUCGCAUGAUGGUACCAGUGUUUGUGUCAGCCCCAUCUACACCACAAACAUCACAGAAGGGGAAAUGAAGACAGAACCCCUCCAAUUCCUGCCUGGUGCCAUCCACGCGGAGGAUGGAGACAGCGACCUGAGGACACCUGUUGUCUACUCCAUUCUUGCAGGGACUGACCAUGGCUACUUUCACAUGGACAACCUCACUGGGGCCAUCACCAUGUUGCGGCCGGUGGAGAGUCGGGUCUCUACUCCAGUGCAUAGCCUCAGCAUAAUGGCCUUUCAGGUGAACGAUGCCAAGAAAUAUGCUGUGGCGGAGGUCCGAGUGAGGGUCUUGGCAGCCAACCGCCAAUCCCCGCACUUUGUACAGUCUCAGUAUCAAGCCUUUGUUCAUGAAGACGAGAACAUGGCCUCCUUGGUGGUGACCUAUAGUGGGCGAGUCUUGUUCCUGAAUGCCAUGGACAUGGACUUUGCUGAUGGCUUCAACCCCAUGGUGCGCUACAGCCUGAAACGGCAAUCCAACCACACCAGGCUCUUUCAGGUGACGCCCGGAGGUCUCCUCAUUGCUCGCUCUGACCACCUGCGUGCUUUUGAGCGCUAUGCCUUGCAGAUCAUUGCACGAGACGAGGAGUCUGGGGAAACCACCAAUACUACAGUCAAGGUGGAAGUGCUGAGAUUCGGAGAGGAAGUCCCCCUGGAUCCCGCGGAUGCCGAGCACCAAGGCAGGCUGGACGCCGGGAUCCUGGCCGGCAGCCUUGGGGCGCUGCUCUUGGUGACCGCCAUCGUCCUGUUCCUCAUUCUGCGCGCCAUGAAGAAGAGGCAACGCCACCAGCAGAACAUGGAGCGGGCAGCCCUGGCCAUGGAGAAGCACCCCAACGUGAGCUUAAAAUGGUUCCAGCCGGUCAACGCUGGGAAGACACUUCCCAACCCAGGGAACAUUUAUUUCCAGAACGAGGGCUACAGCGACCUGGGUGAUGAAUUGCCCAAGACCUACGAAGGACAGACCGUGAACUACAAGCAGGCUUCCACAAGGAGUGAGAGAGAUGUGGCAACCAGGGACACUGUGGUGGCCAACUCAGUGGGCAAGUUCAACAACCAGGGAGGCCAGGCCAAAAUGAACCCGGCCCCCAAGGAGCAGGAGGAGGGCAUCAAGGCAGCUCUCCUUAAUGGCAAGACCCUCGAGCAACUGGGUAGUAUUCCUCCGUGUCCAGAAGAAACAGUCUUGUCAAAGGACUCCCAAGUGGGAGAGGCCCUGGUGGAAGCCCAGCCACUGGUGGAGGCCUUGGUGGAGGUCCAGGUGGUGGGAGAAGAAGACAAGGAGGUUCUUCCUCCUGAGACCUCAGAGGGCAAUGAGGAAGAGCAAGUAGAAAGCACCUCUGGGGAAUUGGAGGAAGCAUCUCUCCAACCUCAGCUACUGAAGGAGGAGGAAGAUGCUUGGUCUUCACAGGAAGGCAAGAUGGAAGCCAAUGGAGACACAAGCCCAAUGGGGUCUGUUGCUGAAGGUUCCCCCACUGAUAGUAACUGCCUGGACAGUGAAGGGGGCAAGGAGCACACAAAUCUCACAGAAGAGGUCAACGGGAGUGUGACCGCUUCACCUGUCACCUCCGACAUCAACACCACAGUAGACCCGGAAAUCAAUGACACAGCCAAUGUCACCGAUACAGUAAACCUGGAAGUCAAUGACUCCCUGCCCCGAAAGGACCCUGUGACCCUGCUGCCGACCCUGAAAGAGCUCCCCAAGCAGCUCUCGGAAGAAGAGGACGAGGACGAGGAGGAUGGGGAGCUGACCCCGAAAGCCAUGUCGCCAACAUAUCAAGACCCGCUGGCAUCACUGCCCGUCAACGCUGGGAAGACACUUCCCAACCCAGGGAACAUUUAUUUCCAGAACGAGGGCUACAGCGACCUGGGUGAUGAAUUGCCCAAGACCUACGAAGGACAGACCGUGAACUACAAGCAGGCUUCCACAAGGAGUGAGAGAGAUGUGGCAACCAGGGACACUGUGGUGGCCAACUCAGUGGGCAAGUUCAACAACCAGGGAGGCCAGGCCAAAAUGAACCCGGCCCCCAAGGAGCAGGAGGAGGGCAUCAAGGCAGCUCUCCUUAAUGGCAAGACCCUCGAGCAACUGGGUAGUAUUCCUCCGUGUCCAGAAGAAACAGUCUUGUCAAAGGACUCCCAAGUGGGAGAGGCCCUGGUGGAAGCCCAGCCACUGGUGGAGGCCUUGGUGGAGGUCCAGGUGGUGGGAGAAGAAGACAAGGAGGUCCUUCCUCCUGAGACCUCAGAGGGCAAUGAGGAAGAGCAAGUAGAAAGCACCUCUGGGGAAUUGGAGGAAGCAUCUCUCCAACCUCAGCUACUGAAGGAGGAGGAAGAUGCUUGGUCUUCACAGGAAGGCAAGAUGGAAGCCAAUGGAGACACAAGCCCAAUGGGGUCUGUUGCUGAAGGUUCCCCCACUGAUAGUAACUGCCUGGACAGUGAAGGGGGCAAGGAGCACACAAAUCUCACAGAAGAGGUCAACGGGAGUGUGACCGCUUCACCUGUCACCUCCGACAUCAACACCACAGUAGACCCGGAAAUCAAUGACACAGCCAAUGUCACCGAUACAGUAAACCUGGAAGUCAAUGACUCCCUGCCCCGAAAGGACCCUGUGACCCUGCUGCCGACCCUGAAAGAGCUCCCCAAGCAGCUCUCGGAAGAAGAGGACGAGGACGAGGAGGAUGGGGAGCUGACCCCGAAAGCCAUGUCGCCAACAUAUCAAGACCCGCUGGCAUCACUGCCCGUCAGUGAUGUCAGGAUGCCAGUGACUCUUUUGCAACUUCUGGAAGACUCCAUAGAGUGCUAG